AUGAAGGCUGCUCUCUUCUUCGCUGCUGCUGGCCUUGCUGCCGCUCAGAACCUCAGUGGUCAGCCCGAGUGCGCUCUCAAGUGUCUCCAGGAGAACAUCCCCAAGGCCGGCUGCAAGCUCGACGACACCGCCUGCCAAUGUGACGCCAGCUUCCAAGAGAAGCUUCUGCCUAUCAUCACUCCCUGCCUCACCAAGGCCUGCGACGUUACCGACCUCGUCAAGGCCCAGUCCGCCGCUGCAGCAGCCUGUGAGGCCUACGCCAAGACCGCCGGUGCCGGAUCUGCCGCCGCCACUACCGCUGCUCCCGUCACCAGCGUGAGCAUCGACACCUCCGUGACCGGCUCCGCCACCGUCCCCGCCAUCUUCUCCAGCAUCCCCGAAGAGAAGCCCAUUCCUCCCGUCACUCCCCGUCCCCACAACGGAACCACAACCAAGACUGAGGCUACCACUCCCACCGGAACUGGCUCCGGCGGUUCUGGAGGCUCCGGCGGCUCUGGCAGUGCUACCAGCGUUCCCACCGACGCUGGUAGCUCUGCCGCUGUUGCUGGCCCUGCCUUCGGUCUCCUCGCUGCUAUCGCUGCUUUUGUUGCUCUGUAA